GCUGUUCUUCUUCUUCUUCUCUUGUAUGCGGAGCGAAGCUGCGAGUAGCACGGACCGGAUUCACAUCACACUGAGACCAGGUCUGACUCUGAUUCUGUGCACCACAGGCAGCGAACGCAACAACAAGGACUCGAUCUUAAACCAGAUCCUCAUGAGACUUGAGGGGGGAGAAGAAACACUUCUGAAACCGGACUUUAAAACGUUUUCUAUUUAUUUAUUUUCUAAAUAACUUGACCGGACAAAGGACAACAACACGGAUCUGUCUGCUGUGUGUGUGUGUGUAUUCUGGCGAAUAUUACUACAAUAUUACACAUUUUUAACUUGUGUAUUUUGAAGGUUUAACUCCUGAAUGAGUUGCUUUUGGCUCGUUUUUUUAUUAUUACAGUAGAUAUAUUUGCCACAGAAAGACUGCAGGAGCCACAGAUCACAGAGCAUCCGGAGGAGGAUUUGUCACACAGUGGUCUGUGGUCGUCUUCAGCGGACUAAACCACAUCAGUCCGGUUUCAUUUAGUUUAACAGUAAAAAAAAAAAACCCAAAAUGAUGCGAACGCCUAAAGGCGUCUCUCCGGCGCCGGGUCGCCCGCUGGUGGGUCUGCACUGCUCCCAGCAGCAGAAGCAGCUGAAGCUUUUGUCCACAGGUGGAGUGAAGGCCGACUUCUUCAGCACCGGACUGUCCAGUCCACCGAUGAGCACGGUACCGAUGGGCUACUUCACCCAGAUCUGCAACACCGCCGCGGCCGAACAAAGAGCCAACAGCAGCCUGUACUCAACCCCCCACGGACCGGAGGCUAAACCCGUCAGAUCCUCCUCCGGGCGACUGCCGGCGAAAAGGAAGCUGGAUCUCGAGGACCCUCUUAACCUCCCAGAGUUCCGCACGCCCAAAGGCAAAGGCAGCAUCGCAGUCAGGAUACCAAGUCCAAGGACUCCAAAGUCUCCAGGGGAGCGGACACGGUACGACACCUCCCUGGGCCUGCUGACCAAGAAAUUUGUGGGCCUGAUUGCCGAGUCUCCCGACGGAGUCCUUGACCUGAACUGGGCCACCGAGGUCCUGGAGGUCCAGAAGAGACGCAUCUAUGACAUCACCAAUGUCCUGGAGGGAGUGCAGCUGAUCAGGAAGAAAUCAAAGAAUAACAUCCAGUGGCUGGUUGCAGACGUGUUUGAGGGCGGUGCAGGUGGAGGAGCGAAGGCGCGUGCCCUCAGGAAGGAGCUGGGAGACCUGGAGCGAGCGGAGCGAUCCCUGGAUGAACUGAUCCAGUCGAGCACGGCGCAGCUCAAACAACUCACUGACCACAAAGACAAUCAGAGGUUGGGAUAUGUGACGUACCAGGACAUACACUCCAUCGGCAGUCUCCGCGAUCAGACGGUCAUCGCCGUCAAGGCGCCUGCGGACACGAAGCUGGAGGUGCCAGACGCAGCGGGGCAGGCAUCACUACAGAUCUACUUAAAGAGUAAAAAUGGCCCAAUCGAAGUCUACCUGUGUCCAGAAGAGGGCCUCGAAGACGCGAGCCCCGUCAAGAGCCUGCUCACCCCGAAAAAGGAGUUCCCUCAGCCCCUCUGUCCUCCGACUGCAACCCCAAUAGCACCGGCAAUGUACGGCGUCAAAGAGGAGCCCGUUGAACUGAACAUGUCCACGUCAGCUCCAGCUGCAUCCACGGCUACGAACUCCGCGUCCUCCCUGCUGGACGUAGAGGGUCUGCUGGGUUUGCCGCCCAGUCUGCUCCAGAUCACAGAGGACCAGCUUCCCGGUACCUCAUUCAACCCGGAUCCCAACACCCCAUUUGUCAGCUUCUCUCCGCCGCUGGACCACGACGAUUACCUGUGGAGCCUCGAGGACGGUGAGGGAGUGUCAGAUUUCUUUGACACCUACGAUCUUGGGGAUUUGUUGAAGAGCUGAGGUCUGAAAAGCAGGACGCGCAGGGGUGGGGGGGUGAAUUUAGGGGAAAAGAGAAGGCGAUAUGCCUUCUCAAAAUAUGAAACCUUACACUAUGAAGCCAUCACUCUUUUUUUGUCAUGCCUGUUUUACACCUUACCUUAAUAAUAAUAAUAAUAAUAAUAAUAAUAAUAUUAUUAAAGCAAUCCUAAAUGUACUGAAAAAAAAUGGAGGCAAAUCAAAUCGUGAAGAAAAGCAGGAAUUUGUUGUUUUUUUUGAAAAAAGCAUGGGGGUUAUUAUGCAUAUCACAUCACCAGCAUGACAUCUGGUAACAUUUCUGUAUCGGGCGGUGGGGGGUGUUUCACACCGUGAAAAACUCAGGAACUUUUUCUGUCUUCCUUGUUUCCAAAGUCUUAAAUGUUUGUGCCACUCUUUGGCCCAUAGGGGGCAGCCUUGUAUUAAGUGAGCUUUAACUGCCAUGCAGCUUUACAGGAGUCAAUCAGUGGACGAGAGCGAGCGAAGAAAGCCAUUUAUGAACCCCACGUAAGGGUUGAUCUUGAUCAUUUUCAACAAAUGAAGCUGUGAAAUACUCUGUGUGAUACAACAAGUCCUUGCAGAUCCACGAGCGCGAGCCAUUUCAAGGCGCUGACGUCGGCUCGGUUCCGUCCAAUCAUAUUUGCUCUCUCUGGCCUUGAGCUUUAUGUUGGCGCAAACACUGUGCCAGACUUUGCAGGUUGUGGUAGCUGAUACCGAGCCCGAGCCAGAGAUUAUGUGCGCUCUUUAUUCUUUAUUGAACAUGUACAGUCUCAGACCGAAACAAGACAAUUGCUCACGGCAUCAUCGUCGAUUCAAAUCAGUAGCUCUUCUAUUAAUGCGUUUAAUAGCUGAUUUUAAUGACUCAUUUUUCGCCGUAGUGUAAAACUACUAUUGUAUUUCUGAGGAAAUGACCCAAGAGAAUGAAAGCCAGCGUCUCUGCUGUAGAUGUGGUUGGUUAAUAAUAUAUGUAAUUAAUGAUUAUAAUGAGAGCAGUUUCUUUUUUUUUUGUCCUCUGCUUGUUCUGAGAUCGUUUGGAAUAUAAACCGUGAGGGUUUGUCUGAAGUGUUCAGAUUUCAGGUUCUUUUCCAGUGCAGCCAAUUGAAAUAUAGACAUGCAACGGAGGUUAGAGCAGGUGUGACUUUUAUUUGUGUUUUUUUUUUUCUGAAGCAUUGUAGACUUUGGAAAGUUUGAAUUUCAUGUUGAUGCAUUCUUAAUUUUUAUUAUUAUUAUUUUGCUUUCCCUCUACGUUGCAGAGAUAAGCUAAGUGUCCUGUCCUAACAAAACUUGAAAACGUGUGCUUGUGUGUGUGUGUGUUUGAUAGUUUGGUAAAUGGGUGUGUUUGUUUUUAUAAUGUAGGGUCAGACGAUGUGAAUUCAGACUUUGUAGUUGUGUUUUUUUUUCAAUGAGCAUUAUUUUUCUGGUAUUUGUACAUAGUUAUGUUUGUAUUUAUACCUAUUUUUUUAAGUGAAUUUUUUGGAAGUUGCAAAAACUGUUUUUGUAAGACAUGCAGCACUUAAUAUGUUGUAAUACUGUGUGGUCUGUUUGAAAUGAUUAAAUAAAAGCUAAAGCCAUGGUUUA